AUGGCUGAUUGCAAUCCAUGCAAGAUACCCAUGGAACCUCAGCUCAAACUCAGUAAGGAGAGCACCAGUGCACCUAUGGAUGCAACAGUGUACAUAAGUCUUGUUGGCAGCCUCAGGUACUUGAUUAAUACACGUCCUGAUCUUGCUUUUUCAGUAGGGUAUGUGAGUAGGUUCAUGGAAGAACCACAUGAAGAUCAUCUUGCAGCAGUGAAACAUAUUCUGAGGUACAUUGCUGGGACAUGUGGUUGGGGUUUGUUCUACGCAAGGAAGAAGGGGGUACAACUAAUUCUUGAGGGUUACAGUGAUAGUGACUUGGCUGGACAUGUUGAUAGCCAGAAGAGCACUACAGGACUUAUCUUCUUCCUUGGGGGUAGUCCAAUCAGCUGGCAAUCUACAAAGCAGAAUGUAGUGGCCUUGUCUAGCUGUGAAGCUGAGUAUAUUGCUGCUGCAACUGCUGCUUGUCAGGCUGUGUGGUUGGCAUGCCUGCUAGCUAAAAUCAUGGAUUCAGUGGUGAGCAAACCGGUGCUAAGGGUGGACAACAAGUUCACCAUCUCUCUAAUAAAGAACCCUAUGCAUCAUGACCGGAGCAAGCAUAUAGAUACAUGUUUCCAUCUGAUCCGGGAGUAUGCAAACACUGGCCAAGUUGAAGUGAAGUUCAUCUGA